GGCCAGCAGCGCCUGGGCAAAGGCGCGCCGGGUCGCAUCCUUGCCAUGGGGACUGUUGGCUUGGCGUGGCACUUGUGCUUGGCGCUCGCCUUCCUGCACCCGCCGCGCAGGUUCGCCGCCGGCAACGGGGUCCCAGAUGCUGAUGAAUGCACAGAAGGGACAGACGACUGUCACAUCGAUGCAAUUUGUCAAAACACGCCCAAGUCAUACAAAUGCAUUUGCAAACCAGGUUAUAAAGGAGAAGGAAAGCAAUGUGAAGACAUUGAUGAGUGUGAAAAUGACUUCUACAAUGGAGGCUGUGUACACGAAUGCAUCAACAUUCCUGGCAACUACAGAUGCACAUGUUAUGAUGGGUUCAUGUUGGCUCAUGAUGGACACAACUGCCUUGAUGUUGACGAAUGUCUGGAUAACAAUGGUGGCUGCCAGCAGAUCUGUGUCAAUACUAUGGGAAGCUAUGAAUGCCAGUGCAAAGAAGGCUUUUUCCUAAGCGAUAACCAGCACACCUGUAUUCACCGCUCCAAUGAGGGUAUGAACUGUAUGAACAAAGACCACGGGUGCGCACAUAUCUGCCGAGAGACACCCAAAGGUGGGGUUGCCUGUGAAUGUAGGCCUGGCUUUGAACUAGCCAAAAACCAGAAGGACUGCAAAUUAACCUGUAACUAUGGAAAUGGAGGCUGCCAACACACCUGUGAUGACACAGAUACGGGACCUGUGUGCGGUUGUCAUCAAAAGUAUGCCCUACACUCGGAUGGCCGAACAUGUAUUGAGAAGGAUGAGGCUGCAAUUGAGAGUUCUGAGUUCAAUUCCACGUCAGUAGCUGAUGUGGACAAGCGGGUGAAACGGCGGCUACUUAUGGAAACAUGUGCUGUCAAUAAUGGAGGCUGUGACCGCACUUGCAAGGAUACAGCAACAGGAGUCCGCUGCAGCUGUCCGGUUGGAUUCAACCUACAACCUGAUGGGAAAACAUGCAAAGAUAUAGAUGAAUGUCUGGUAAACAAUGGUGGCUGUGACCACUUCUGUCGAAAUACUGUGGGCAGCUUUGAAUGCAGCUGCCAGAAGGGAUAUAAGCUACUAACAGAUGAACGAACCUGCCAAGAUAUAGAUGAAUGCUCCUUCGAAAGGACCUGCGACCAUACCUGUAUCAACUACCCUGGGAGUUUUGAAUGCCUGUGUCAUAAAGGCUACACAUUGUAUGGAAUGACGCACUGCGGAGAUAUUGAUGAAUGCAGUAUCAGCAAUGGGAGCUGUGACUAUGGAUGCCUUAAUACAAUGGGAAGUUACGAAUGUGUAUGUCCAUCGGGGAAGAAGUUGCACUGGAAUAAAAAGGAUUGUAUUGAGAUGGUGAAAUGCCUUCAAAAUGCCAAGCCAGCUCCAAAGGCCCAGUUGGUCUGCAGCAAAUUGGGAGGGAUUGAAAGCUGUUUCUUAUCAUGUCCAUCCAAUACCCUUUUUCUCCCAGACACAGAGAAUAGUUAUUCAGUAAGCUGUGGAGUGCCAGGGCAGCAAGGCAAGUCGCUUCAGAAACGCAAUAGCACUCUUCCUAGCUGUGCAGACAUGUUAGCGCCACCCAUCAAGCAGAAAGCUCGUUUUAAAAUCAAGGAUGCAAAAUGUCACUUAAGACCUCGCAGCAAAGAAAAAAUGAAAGAUGUUGGAAAUCAGCAGGCUGUUAUAGGAGGCCAGUUCCCUUGUACAGACAACUGCCAGGUAACUUUUGUGAACCUCAAGUGCGAUUCCUCUAAGAAGAAACGCCGAGGCCGGAAAUCGCCAUCCAAGGAAGUGUCCCACAUCACAGCUGAGUUUGAAAUGGAGAUGAAGUCAGAAGAAGUCUCAGACACCUGUAAUGUCGACUGUUUGAGGAAAAGGAUGGAGCAGAAGCUACAGUCGGCAAUCAAAGCCUUGAGGAAAUCUAUUAACAAACAGCAAUUUUACAUUCAGUUUUCUGGGACAGAGUAUGAAGUGGCUCAGAGAGCAGCUAAAGUUGUUGCUGAAGGACAUGACGCCUGCAGUACAGGACAAGUGCAGCAGGACGGGAAAUGCGUUACCUGCAGCACAGGCACCUAUUAUAGUGGAGAACGUAAUCAGUGCAUUCCUUGCUCACCAGGAACGUACCAAGACACAGAAGGUCAGCUUUCCUGUGAACCUUGCCCAAGCAAUGAUGGACAGGGAGUAGCAGGUGCACGAAAUGUGUCAGAAUGUGGAGGGCAGUGUUCUCCUGGAUAUUUUUCUUCUGACGGCUUUAAACCUUGUAGACUAUGUCCCCUGGGCACAUAUCAGUCUGAACCAGGAAGGACACUCUGUUUUCCAUGUGGCGGGGGACUGGUGACAAAAUACGAAGGCGCAAUGUCGUUUCAGGACUGUGAAACAAAAGUUCAUUGUUCUCCUGGCCACUACUACAACUCUACAACCCACAGAUGUAUCAGGUGUCCUGUUGGAACCUAUCAGCCUGAAUUUGGUCAGAACUACUGCAUCACCUGCCCUGGAAAUACUAGCACUGAUUUUGAUGGCUCUACCAAUGUUACACACUGCAAAAAUCGGCAAUGUGGUGGGCAACUCGGAGACUACACUGGCUACAUUGAGUCUCCCAACUACCCUGGAGAUUACCCAGCAAAUGUUGAAUGUAUUUGGAAUAUAAGCCCACCCCCAAAGAGGCGGAUUCUCAUUGUGGUCCCUGAGAUAUUUCUUCCUAUUGAGGACGAGUGUGGUGAUGUUUUAGUAAUGAGGAAAAGUGCUUCACCCACAUCUAUUACUACAUAUGAAACUUGCCAGACCUAUGAAAGACCAAUAGCAUUCACCUCCAGGUCACGGAAGUUGUGGAUUCAGUUCAAAUCAAAUGAAGGAAACAGUGGCAAAGGAUUCCAAGUCCCCUAUGUAACAUAUGAUGAGGAUUAUCAACAGUUAAUUGAAGACAUUGUUAGAGAUGGACGUCUAUAUGCAUCAGAAAAUCAUCAAGAAAUUUUAAAAGACAAGAAACUGAUCAAAGCGCUUUUUGAUGUAUUGGCACAUCCACAAAACUAUUUCAAGUACACAGCACAAGAAUCAAAGGAGAUGUUUCCAAGAUCAUUUAUAAAGCUACUGCGAUCAAAAGUUUCCAGAUUUCUACGACCAUACAAAUAGAUUCCUAGUGCUUUUCAAAAGAAAAAAUUCUUCUGUUGCGUUCCUGUCAAAUAUUGUAUUGUCUUCAACAGUAGGAACAUUUUUGCUAUUUUGAAGACUCCUUGGCAGUCUUUAUCUUAAAUUGUAUAUUGAAGAAUAACUAUAAUGUUUUAUAAUCUCCAAUAUUUUGAAUGGUUUUUUUUUUACUUCAAAGAAGAAAUCAUUUUGGAUUCCAGAAUGCACCCAGUUGAAGAUCCAAAUUUAUUCCUGCACUAGUUUAUCCUUGAAAAGCAUUUGUUUUAGAGAAUGUAUCUCUACACCUUUACUAGAAGAGAAAAAUGAUUUCUUCUAAGCAAGGAAGGAACCUGGUCAAAGAAACUACCUGCAAAGAAGAGUUACGAUAUAAAGGAGUGUGUAGUAUAAACUAAUACUUGGAUUUUGAAUUGCACUUGAACUUUAUAUGUGAGAUUUUAUGGGGGAAAUCAAAAUUUCAUUGUUUCCCAUUGGUGGUUGUGAAGACGUUGUUCUAGGUAUAAACCAAAAAGUACAAAGAAAGGUGGGGAUAAAAUUGGUGAGUUUAAUGGAUUAGGCAAGAUCUAAUUCCAUAUUCUAAUAUUUUGUUGGCCCGGUCAUAAUAUUUCAAAAGUCUACUAGUGUCUAAUCCUGCAGAUACAAUUGUGGAAUUGUAGAUAAUUUGGUUUCACCAAUGAUUUUUACAAUAGGAUGGAAAAGACUCGGAGGGGGGGAGGGAUAGCCAGUUUUCUUGCCCUUAAUCUAAAUAGGUACACUAUUUCUGUCUGAGGUUACUUUAGGAUUGCUAUCUGAAGGUCAUGUAAAUACUGUUCACAUCAUAGAAUUGUAUCCAGCUAGGUCAUACUCUGAAUUGACCUAUUGAAAACAAUGACUUUGACUAACUCAAAACCAUUCCUUUCCGUGGGUAUAGUCUGAGCUUGACUUAGUUUGAUAUAACCCCAGUCUCUCCCCACCCACACCGUGGGUCACAAUCCAGAGAUCUUCUUGUACAUGGUGGCAGCCCUGGCGGUGAGGAAGGCUGUGGGAAUGGGAUCUCUGCCAGUGUAGUUGCCACUUUCACCUUCCAUGAUCAGAAGUGAUUCAGUUGCAGGAUUUGGGCCUGGUUACCAGAUUGUAGCUUUGCUGUUGAUCCACAUCUUGUAAGCUUCCCAAACUUGAAAUAAUAUUGACAUCUUAUGAUAAGAGACUUUGAUGUAGUCAGGGCAGAAAAUGCUGGUUUGGGGGCGAACCUAUAAAAUAGGUAGAAGUUGUUACUUUGUUGUUUCCAAUAUGCUGAAUCCAUCGAUUGCUGGCUCAUAAACCUUGGUCCGUUUUAUCUUAAUUCAGUGUGGCCAGCCUGCUAUUUUCCUAUGUAUGCGUUACUUGAUUAUGACCGCUUUAGAGAGCAGGAUCCCAGCAGUACACCUCUUACCAAUGUUUGUAUUGACAAGUGUUUCAAAAGAAAUAUUACAGACUGCACUGCAUUUUUUUAAAAAAAUGAUUUAUCCACAUAAAUGUAUCAUAAACAUGGAAAAGCAAAGAAAAAACCUACUUGCAACUUCCUUUUUCAUCACCCAAAUUGCAAUGUUUAAUGGAUAGAAACAAUCCUUUUGCAUCACUUAGUCCUGUCCCCAAUUCUUGCAAUGUUGUGCCUACCACCUGUCAGAUUAUUGAAACAGUCGUGGUCAGUGGGGAAAGAUGGUGCCAUAGUCUCCCAGCAACGGCAUCACAGCAGUGGAGUGGCAAAACAGUGGGCCAUUGGUGCUGUGCAGGAGCAUUGCGUUGGCUCCGUUGGUGCACAAGCACCGCACUGACUCUUAACUCUUCCCACCUGCCACCUUUGAUUGAGAGGUUUUCGCCUUUCUCCCAGUGGACACCCUGUGCUUGCUAGGCAUUACAUACAGCUGCUUGCCACAACUUGUGCAGAAAUGGCAUUGAGUAGGAUCAAAACAUAAGGGGCGGGGUGGAGGCAGGGCCUGUUGCCUCUCAUCACAGGUUGUCAGUGGGACCCAGCUCUACUGGUCAGCUCCCAUGGUGUUCCCCAGCCAAGCAAGCUGGGAUGGUGUGUCAGGCUUAAGAUCGGAAGUCUUCGGGGCUAACAGAUCCCCACCCAGCGCCACGUCAACCGCACUUACCUCAUGAGUCAAUAGAAACCUGUGGCCUGGCUUUACCAACACACGAGUCCCGAGUGUUGCAUCCCUGCUCUGCUUGGCCUCAGAGGCUUCCACAGCGCGUCUGCCAUGUGACUGGAUCCAACAUGCCCUGCCAACCCCCCUUUGCUGGAUCAGGCUGGGGGAUAUUCCUUGGAGAGGGUUGACACCUCCUCCUGAUGGUGACAGGCAGGGUCCCUCUCCAAGGAAAGGGGGCCACCCCACUCACCAGACUGACCCUGCCUGCUGAGAGGGCUGGUUGGGUCCACCUUGCUGUCUUAGGAGGCUUGUCAUAUGGGUUUCUUUUCUUUUGGUCCAGUAUAUUGCCUCAGGUUUGAGAGUGUGGUUUUUCAUGUGUUUACCUUCCUCUGUCCUGGAUGGUGUGCAGUUUGUGUGUAUCUAUAUCUGUCUUCUGAGUUUUCCCGAUCUUUUCUUUGUGCUUUUCUCCCUCCGUUUUCUUCUCCUUAGAGCCACAGCUACUUACUUAGUGCUCAAAUCUACUCCCCUCUUCUAUGGGCUGGAUUAGGAAAGAUUGCAGGCCUCCAGAAGCUACUUCCCUUGUUCAAAUGUUGUUGUGGAAUAGUUUAAACCAGGCAUCCCCAAACUGCGGCCCUCCAGAUGUUUUGGCCUACAACUCCCAUGAUCCCUAGCUAACAGGACCAGUGGUCAGGGAUGAUGGGAAUUGUAGUCCAAAACAUCUGGAGGGCCGAAGUUUGGGGAUGCCUGGUUUAAACACUUGAUGCCUGUUGGUAUCUAAUUUUCCAUAUUUCUGAUUCUCCACCUCCCACAGCAAAGCUUUUGAAUGGUUUAAUGAGCAUUUCUGUUCAGGGUGCAUGCACAAAGAUGAUCAGAGACGGGGUUUGUUUUGGUUAUGGCAUUUCCACAUUGGAAUGCUUGCAUGCUCCCAGUCUGAUUUUUUGUCCGAUUUUUUCGUGUUGGAUAAAGUUUUUUAAAAAAAGAAAUUGCCAGAGUAUUUCAUUGUGCUGUUUUAACUGCUAUUUUCUGGUUCUGCCCACUUUUAUUGCUGGUUGCUGCUGUUCAUGUGUUUAUCUUGUUUUACUAUUGAACUUUUUAUUGUAUAGAUUUAUUUCCUUGUUGACAGCCCCCUCCCCCGAGACUCCUGCUGAAGGCGGCUUAUACAUUUCCUAAAUAAACAAAAACAACCAAGUAAUCCUUCUUUCAACACUUAUUCUGUAUCUGAAGUCUUCAUCCAUGCACUUGGCAGUCUGAAACAGGCGACAAGCAUUGUGCAUGCCUCCCAGAUAUACAUAAAUAUUGGAAAGUUAUGUGGGUAAACUACCUCUCCCAUUAUAUGAUAUAGCUGCUAGCCUGUUGUGAAUAAUAUGAUUUCUUCUCCUUUAUGUUCAACAUUGCACCGGAGUCUGUAAUAUAUUGCUUUUGAAAGAUUGCUUAAAAAGAAACGAGAUUGGCAAACGUCAUUGUGUCUCAGGCUUGUACCUGGAAGCAAAUACAGUCAAGGAACAAUACAUAACAACAUAACGUUUAUUGCCCAAGGGCUGUAAUGCAGCACUUAAUACAUUUGUAGUCAGGGCAUCAAAAGUAUAUAGAAUCAACACAAAGAAAUAAACCUUUACUUCUACCUGUUUUCAAUGUAUACUUCUCUCAUGUCUUGACUAAUGUCAAAGGAAUCAGAUGAAUAGCUGUUUCUUGUCUGACUAAGAACAUUAAGUUUCAAAUAGUAGUAAGAAGACCAUGGAUAACUUGGGGGAUAUGAAAAGACCUUUGGGUUUUAAUUUGUUGCAGUCCUUGUUGCUAACAUGUGUUUCCAGUUGGCUUUUAUAUACAUAGCCUUAAUCCUCAGCUCUGUUGUCCUGAUGUCUCACAUCUUUCUUUUUUCCUUUUCGGAUGCAAAUGAAAUGGCCAAGUCUUUGGCCCAAUCCAUCCAUUCCCAUGGCACACUGGAGGGAGCAGGCUGCUGGGCUACCCAUGUCUGGCACUGUGCAAAUGACUUCUUAUGUGAGCUGGAUGGGAGCACUUUGUGCACCUCAGUUGGCAGCAUGUCUGGAUCUGCCCUUCCUGACUUACAGGUGGCUCCUUUUUACAUGAUGAACAUAGCUCCCUACCUUUGCUUCACUUCCACCGACCUGCCACCUACCAUUUUGCGGGGGGGAACUUGAGUGCCACAAUUCCCUAAUCUCUAUCCCAUCCCUCCAGUUACCAAGACAGCUCAAUAGUUUUGAAAAGGAAAUGUGCAAUAAAUAAAGUUGUUUAAAUGCUAUCUCAAAUUUACCAAUUUAGACAGCCUGUUGCCAUUUACAUUUUCGAAAACAACAACAAACCCAAACAGUGAAGUAGCAUAUCAGCUCAGGGAUCCAUCAUAACAAAACAGUUUAGCAGAGUUUUGAUUUGAUUUUUAAAACGUUCCAUUGAUUCACCACCUGUCCUUUAAUAAUGAAUUCAUAAAAUUUAAUUACAUGGGUACAUUAUAAAGCUUUAAUACAGGUGCCUUUUGGAGAUACAGUACUGAUAUACAUGUGAGAGAUUACACCACAAAAACCAGCACUUCCUCGUUACAAGGGAAAGCCAUCUUACUCUUUUAUAAUUCUCAGGCUCACUGAUUAAAAUUUGCCCUCAUGAAUGAAAAUUCAUGCCAGUAACCGUGUAUGAACCAGGACAUUGCAUUGUCAUAUAAUUCAGAAAUCAUGGUAUGGGAGAAAAAUGGGACCUGUUCACACAGCUGUUAAUAAUAGUAAAAAUAAGAAUAAUUCGUUUGUUAGCUAUCUACACAAGCAUCUCAAGGCAGUGUACAAUUUUAAAAAAUAGUAAAAAAUAGCAAUGCAGGUGUGUUUCAAAAAACAAUACAAAGUAGACAAUUGUGCCCUCCCCACCCUGCUAGAAGAACUUCACUGAUGUUAGGAUGCAGAAAGAAGUUUCUGGUUCACACCUUUACCCUCUUAUGUUAUUUUCACAAAAGUUCUUGCUCGAUAUAACUUUGACGUUAUCACAAAUACAUGCAGUCCUGGAAAUAGUUAUAUUGUAUAAAUGAAAUAGCAGGUGGACAUACGCACGCACAGACACAGCAUUUUUACAAAUGACAACUUGCAGAUAAAAAUGGUAGCUUAUACCUAAAUAGAAAAUAUACCUGAAUCUUAUUUAAAGAGCAAGCUCUUACUGUGUUUAUAGUUUCACUGAUUUGUAGAGAACAAUUAGAAAUUAAUUUGUGGAGACCUCAUAAAAUAUCCCUAACAAGUUGGUUCCUGAAUUUGCAAAUAUUGGAUUACAAUGCAGCUAUGCUAAGCACUUGAAAGUCCCAUUGUUUAUUGUGGAUUAGGGACAUAUGUAGCUCUCACGUUUAAAACAAUAGGACAAAGCAUUCAUUUUUGCUUGAAUCGUGCCCAUUUUUUCAAAAAAAAAAACGUGUAGCGCUUAAUUUUUCAGCUUCGCCUUCCCUCCACUCUGCACUUAUUAUUAUCUUUUUAAAAUAUUGUUAUUAUUUAUUAGAUUUGUAUACCCCCCUUCAGGCAAUGAUAACAGGGCAGUUGACAACACAAAAAUACAAAAUGAGAACACAAAAUACAGUACAUAAUAAACCAAAAGCAAUAACCCCCUUCCCACAAACACAUUUCAAAGACCAUAGAAUGUUAAUGAGUGUAAGGCCACGUUACAGAGAAAUGUUUUCAUCUGGCUCCUAAAAUAAUGCAGCGAAGGCAGUCCUCCCUGGGGAGAGCAUCUCACAGACGGGGAGCCACUGCAGAAAAGGCCCCGUUCUUGUGUCACCACCUUCUGGACCUCUCAUGAAGGAGGCAAACAAAGAAGGGUUAAGUCAACUACUCCUUGUUUUGUUUUUUGUCUUCUCAUACUUAUCAAGUCCUGCUAUCGGGAAACGGUUAAUUGAUUAGCAUACUUGGAAGCUGGAAGACAGUUGAUACCCAUACUCUCAGAUUUUUAUGCACACUAAAAAUUGUGGGUUUGUGCACAGAACUCUCUAUGAAAUAACAUUUUAAGUCAUUUUUAAAUACUGUAUGCUUUCAUCCUACAUGUUCAUCCUGAAUAUUUUUGCUCCUGUCAGUAUUUCAGAACAAAUCCAGCUGUUAUUUCAGAAGCUAACACCUGCCCUCACGCUUUUAAUGCAGCCAUGGAAAUCAUUGCCAUAAAUACUGGUGGUAGAUACAAUUCUAAAUGAGAACUUUCAGGAUAGUUUUUCUCUUAAUCUAUAUAAUUGACUUUCACCCUAAUUUCUGCAAAAAUUGUGCAUCGAAUUUUUCCCUCGCCAAAAUUCCUAUACCACUAUAAUCAGACGUUUGUGACAGGUUCUCUUCUGCAAUAUUGUAUUGUCAACACCCAGUUUUUAAAGUUUUCCUGUCAUGCAUCUAAAGCCAUGUUACCUUGUGACACUGCAUGUGAAUUCAGUUGAAAUCUAGGUGAAUAUUUUUAGGAAUGGCCCCAUGCACCCCAUGUUAUGUUCGACCGCAAAAAAAAAUAGGAAGGAUUAAGUAAGGAUAUUGUGCAGUGCAGAUUGUGCAGUGCAGAUUGUCUGUUCUUUGGAGCAGGGACCUGUUUUGUGUGCUCAUGCUAUGGAUGGAUGUUGUCUCAGGAAAAUAUAGUUCCGAAGCAGAUUGACAAAAGGAUUUUCAAACACCCCCAUAAGCAAUCUAUUCAGCACCUACACUUUAAGAUUAAGGGCCACCUUGCACUUCACAAGAACGCCCCCCCCCAAUGGAGUGGGAAGUGUGGUUGCACACAGAUAUUCUAUACAUACUGACGACGUGAGUUUGUGUCCGUCAUAUUCCCAUUUCAGAAUGUACACAGUGCGCACACGAUAUACACACCCCAACAUGGUAACACAUCAAUAACCCAAAAGCACACACCCAAACGCUAAUUGAUGAUAUAUCAUUUUAAAAAUAAGUGAAUAAUUCAUUUUAUGAUCUCGCUAUAAUCUGAAUUCAGUUUUUUCCUGAAAAGAAUGGUGAAAUCUAGCUUUAAAAACUUUAUUUCAUGAGGAAUUGCCUUUUGAAAUGCAUUGAGUGUAUUUCAAUGCACCUUUGCUUAACCAUUCAUCUCCACAAGCCACAUUUCCUCAGAUGAGUCAUCUUCAUUUCUCCCUCAUCUGUAUGUGGGGCAAAACCAGAGUCAGUCCCAGGAGUAGACUGCACAAACAACACAACGUGCAAUUUUCUCUCUCUUAAUGUCCCUAUCACCAUAUCUGUCUUUUUUCAUGCCAAUGUGAGAUUAGCACAGGUUUGUGACUCAGGAAACAUAAGCAGCUCACGGAUGUUCUCUUCUCCUCACCCCCUCCAGACUUGCCAUUUCCUAGUUACAGCGGUAUUUCUCACAGUUUCUAGGCUUGCACACUCUCCCCCAUGUUAAACCCCUUAAAGUGAACUCGGUGCUGUCUACAAAAAACACAGAAAUGUGUUUUUUUUUCCACAGCAGACGUUCAGAAGCAGGGCCUGCUCUGGGGUCCCAUGUAUGUGCAGCGGUUUGAUCUGUGGCCCCACCAUAUAAACAAGAGUCUUGUGCAAAUCAAACCUCAGAAGUAAACACUUAAGCAUGUUUUUAAAAGUAAUCCAUUCUAAGCGCUUGAAAAGAAAAAUAAGAUUUUCAACCUACACCAGAAGUAGAACCCUAAUUCUUAUUGCAAUAAAAACCCUCUUCUAAAUUAGACUGAAAGGAAUAUUGUUUGGGUUGUAGCUGUCCUUUAAGUAGAUGCACAGGAAGACAAAACUAUUCAGCAAAACCAUGUUCAUCUUGAGUACCUACACUUCACAAUUGCUCUUUCCUUUAUUUAUUCUGCUUGUACCAUUCUACUUUUAAAUCCUUGAUGCCAUGUAAUAUAUAAACAAUUAUAUCGUGUACAUACAGAGAUACCUUUUAGGUAUUCUAAUUAGUUUAGAUAUUUACAAUUGUCAACACAAAUGCCAGAGCUAUUCCAAAUACCUUCAUGAGAUAUUUUACCACAUUGUAUUUCAAGUGUCAGGGCUACAAUCAAGAAAUAACUUUAUUUAAGACUUGUAUUUCUCAUUCAUUGACUAACUUAGCACUCUUUGAAACAUAUCUGGAGAUGUUGGUACCACAAGGAUUUGCAUAUUAGGAAACCAUUAUCCAUGAAACAUGCAUAUAUAUAUAUAGGUAAAGGUAAAG